AUGUGCAAAAUCAUUCUGUGCCACUGGAGCUUCAGCUGGCGGCUAUACGAGCCUUCAGGAGAAUUCCAUGCCAUCAGGACGUCAAGAAAAGUCCUUGCUCAAGUAUUUCAAAGACAGCAAGAGAAUGUGGAGGUCAGAAUCGCAGCAUAUCAGCAGCUCAUGCACUGCCCAAAUCAGGAGAUUUUCACACUUGUGAAGACAACUUUAAGCAGUGAGAAGUCCAGUCAAGUUGGGUCAUUUGUUUGGAGUCACCUUUUCAAUAUCCAGAAAACAGAAGACCCUCUGAAGAAAUACUUGAUGGAGUCACUUCCAGAUGAUAUUAUUAGCAGAGACUUUGAAGCAGAACCGUGGAAAUAUUCUUCUCAUAUGGACUACACAGUGGACACAGGAGUGGCUGCUGCUAACAUGGAGGGAGCUCUAGUUUUCUCCCCUCAGUCUUUUCUUCCCAGUUAUGCUAUGGCAAAUCUGACUGUUUUCAUCCUAGGCAGAGCAUUCAAUCUUCUGGAGAUUAGCCUUAGAAUGGAAAACCUUGAGCCUGUCCUUAAGGCGUUGUUUGAGCAGCAACCUUUAGCAUCUGCUGAUCACUCCAGACCUUCAGCUCAAGCAGACUCUAUGAAGCAGAGGGAGAGAAACAGUGACGGUGAUGGCUGUGAGUCCACAACGUUUAGCUCCAUCAGGACUAAGGGUCAGGAGAUAAAACUCAGCCAAAAGCCAGUUGUUCUGGCAGAGGAACUGGUUUUACCAUCCCUCUCCGGAUUACCCAUGAGGCUAAGCAUCAACAUGUCCGCUCUAUUUUCUCUCAGACUUAAAGGCAUCGCUAACUUUAAGAAUUGGUCACAUUUCUCACUGGCUGGCUAUAUCAAACCCAGUGCAUUGGUUGGCAUCUCUGUGAGAGCUGGAGUGGACGGAGCAAUAGGCCGUGUGGGAUUAGAGUGGGUCACUCAACUCAAAACGUCCACAAGCUUGGAUGGAGCUGUAUAUCUGCACCAUGGGCAGAACCUGAAGUUGGUUCUCAACACUCCAGAAGAUGUCAUGGAUAUACUGACCUUCAACUCCAGAAUGUUUCGUGUCAGUGGAGACAGUAAAGAGGAGCUCGUGGUGACUAGAAACCUGAAAGAGAAGAACACCUGCACUCCUAAAACAUGGUCUAAGAUGGUUGGAUGGCAGUUAUGCUCUGAUCUGACUUAUCCCUUGACACUGAUUGGAAAAAGCUUUCCACCAUUGGGUCCAGUUAUUUUUACUCUCAGACUUCAAAAACUGGACAAAGGUCUCAACCAGUACCUCUUGGAGGCAGCCUAUACUUUUGUACCCCAGAGACAUUUCUGGAUGCCACUGGAAGCCACACUGCUUCUUUUUAUUGGAACACCACAAUCCACUAUCCACAGAGACGUAUCCCUGGAUGUCAAUCUCACUCCGAAAAGGCUGAUUCUGAAAAUAACUCAUCCACUGAAAGCCAUUCUCAUUCAAGCUCAGCUUGAAGAAAUGAACAACCAGCGUUCAGGUAGAAUCGAACUACUGAUUGACAACAUCCACCAUUAUUUUAUCAAGGGUCUACUGGAGACUGUGAAUCUUGCUACAGAGAUGAGAACCCACUUUCAUCUUGAUGCCAAAGUAGUAGCAGAUGGACAUCCCUUUUCCCUGUCAGUCAACACCACACAUGCCCGCAGCAGGAAGUUUGCAAUACAGACUUUACUUAAAAAUGUAUUUAACAAGGACGCAUCAUUCUCAGCUGGAUCUAUCUCAGUUUGUUUCCGCCAACAGAUUCUCUUCAAACACGAAAGGAGCCCGGUCCACGUCCAGUCAUCUCUUGAUAUAAGCUAUGGAAAACAGUGGAACCAGAGCAGCAACAAACAUAGGAUCCUCUUUAAUCAGUCCCUCAGAAACCAGUCUGGACCAGACCUCACCAGUUACGCAGUGGAGCUCAGCCUGCGUCUUCUGGACAGAGGACAGAGUUACAGAACUCAGCUUCUGCAUAAUAACUUCAAGACACAAAAAUCGGAAAGCAGCACCCACCUGAAAAUCAACUACAACAAUCAAAUGCCUCUGAUAGCCGGUGUCCACUGGAAAGAUGUUUCAACAAAGACUUCCCUUCAAAAGUGGGAAGGCUCAUUCAACAUGGAUACACCCUGGCUCUAUGUGUACGCAGCUCAAAAACUAGCUCAGCCUCAACGCGGCAUCACACAGUUCAGCUCUGAGGUAACCACAAGGAAACUAGUAAAUAUCCGAGGUGUUACACUGGAGGGUUUCUACAAGGACAGGGGUAAAGAACGACAAGGCCAGCUUCAUCUUUUCACGCCAACUUUUAGUUACGUCAAGGUUGGAGGAUGGAGCGUGCUGGGUAAGCGUGGAGUAAAAGCUUCAUACUCCAUCAGCACAGCCUGGACACCAGCCUUGCAUGGGCAAAUCUCUGUAGGCAAUGGCAAGCAAGUGAAGACUCUGGAUAUGAGCGCAGGCUAUGGCAAGCAGGACCUAAACAUAUCUGCAGUUCUCAGCACUCUGGAUAAGAAGCUAAAGAAGAGGCUUUUGAUGAUGACAAUGAACCUGGCAGAUCUUAAAAACCCUUAUGCGGAGCUUCAGAUUGAGGGGGCCAUAGAGGAAACACGGAAGGACAAGAGGGUUUAUCAGAAAAGAUGGAAGUUAAACGUCAGACAACCAUUUAAGUUUCUCCCUCAGAGUCUCAUUCUCCAAGAGACAUUCACUAGUGAUCUACAUCACAAGGUUUACACUCUGGAGUCAAAGGUUCUUGUCCAUGGAAACAAAAAAGCCAUUCAUGUCCUUACUCUGGGUUUCCAGCCACAGCAGCCAUAUAUGUGCUCCUCAUUGGUCCAAUCUUUCAGCACUGAGAGAAUUCCUCAAGACUCCAAAAUCUGCUUCACGGUCCAAAACAAGCAGAAUGUGCAUGAAAUUCAUGGCAGGUUGUGGAGUGGAAAUGAGGAAAUACUUGAAGCCUUUGGUCUGGUACAAUUUCAUGACCCAGCUACAUUUCAGCAAGGUAUUACAAUAAAAGCCAACCUGUCCCAGCUGAUUAAGAUGGAUUUUCCAUCCAAUGUCAGCCUAAAUAUAGAAGUGCUCAAGAGUCACAGGAGCAAGAGUGACUUUGAGUAUCAUUCAGAAGGAAAAAUAUGCAUCGACAAUAGGAUAUACCAGGCAAACUCAGCAAUAACAGUGUCUCUUUUUGGAAACAUCAGCAGUUCAAUCAGCCUGAAGGCAGAUGAAAAGAAUUCAACCAUUCACUUGACUCUGGAAAACAAGGCGGCAAAGGGCAGUAAUGCAGUGUCCAUCUACGCUGACUUCCAUCAGAACUUAUUAGCAGGCGUCACUCCUGAGAGUCACAUUCAUUUAUAUGCAAAUUGUUCUUCAGAACGCGUUUUCUUGCAGUGCACGGUGAAAAAGGAAGAGGAAACAUUUAGUGCUCACCUGACUGGAUCUCUACCACAUGACAAGUUGCACCUGUCACUUUCUGGAGAUGUUGUUAAUUCAAUACAAGAUCUCUCCGCUUUACCUAAUUCAGUUAGUAUGGUUGGCGUGCUAACUCAGUCAAAAGGUUUAACAGAAGGAGAACUGACUGUAGUGGUGGACGAUGCUGUAUACGGGCUGGAAGUGACUCAGCAAUCUGGGGAAGAUCUUAGAGCGUUACUGUGA